UUUUAAAAAUCAGACAUGUUGACUGGAUUCACAAGAUGUGUAUCUUUCAUUUGCUGUAUUGGACUUGUUAAUGUGUGAAAGUUAAAUAUUUCAAAAAAAUAUUUUUUGAAUUUCGCUCUCUGCCUUGUCAGUGGAAUGUGGGAGGAGUUACGCUAGCGGAACGCCUGAGCUAGACAGGUUAAAGAUUGAUUCAAUACAUCGUUUGACAUGUUUCUACUGACUGUUACGGAACUUUUUGACAUUUCGUCUGCUUUUAGUGAACGCGCUUCAUGACUAUUUGGAGAUAAAUUAUGGACAUUACCGAACAAAAUGAACGUUUCUUGUGGGAGUCCUGGGAGUGCAUUCCGACGAAGAUCAGCAAAGGUAAGUGAAGAUUUAUAAUGCUAUUUAUGACUCCACAAUUUGGCGGGUAACUGUAUGGCUUCCUUUUGUGGCUGAACGCUGUUCUCAGAUUAUUGAAUAUUGUGCUUUUGCCGUAAAGCUUUUUUGAAAUCUGACACGGCGGUUGCAUUAACUUCUCUAGGGUAGGGGGCAGCAUUUGGAAUUUUGGAUGAAAAGCAUGCCCAAAUUAAACUGCCUGCUACUCGGGCCCAGAAGAUAUUAUAUGCAUAUAACUGGUAGAUUUGGAUAGAAAACUCUACAGUUUCCAAAACUGUUAAAAUAGUGUCUGUGAGUAUAACAGAACUGAUUUGGCAGGCAAAAACCUGUGAAAAAUCCAUUCAGGAAGUAGUUUUUUUUUGGUUUUGUAGUUUUCUAUUCAAUGCCAUUACAGUAUCCAUUGACUUAGGACUCAAAUUGCAGUUCCUAUGCCUCCCACUGGAUGUCAACAGUCUUUAGAAAUUGUUUCAGGCUUGUAUUCUGAAAAAUGAGGAAGUAAGAGCAGUCUGAAUGAGUGGACCCUAAAGUGUCACAGAGCUUUUUCAUGCGCGCGACGGAGAGAGUGCCUUUCUUGUUUACCUUUUAUAUUGACGACGUUAUUGUCCGGUUGAAAUAUUAUCGAUUGGUUAGACUAGAAACAACCUGACGAUUGAAUAUAAACAUCGUUUGACAUGUUUCUAUGAACUUUACGGAUACAAUAUGGAUUUUUUGUCUUCCUGUUUUGACUGCGUUCGAGCCUGUGGAUUACUGAAGAAAAUGCGUGAACAAAACUGAGGUUUUUGGAUAUAAAGAGACUUUAUCGAACAAAAGGAACAUUUAUUGAGUAAAUUAAUGUCUGCUGAGUGCAACAAUAUGAAGAUCAUCAAAGGUAAGGGAUUAAUUUUAUCUCUAUUUCUGACUUGUGUAACUUCUACUUGGCUGGUUACUGUUUGUAAUGAUUUGUCUGCUGGGCUAUGUUCUCAAAUAAUCGUAAGGUAUGCUUUCACCGUAAAGCAUUUUUUAAAUCUGACACCGUGGUUGGAUUCACAAGAGGUUAAUCUUUAAACCUAUGUAAAAUAUGUUUUGUUUUCUGAAUUUUUAUAAUGAGUAUUUCUGUAUUUUAAUUUGGCGCCCUGCAGUUUCACUGGCUGUUGAAGAGGUGGGACGCUACCGUCUCACGUACCCUAGAGAAGUUAAGUUUAUCUUUAAUUCUAUUUAAAACAUGUAUCUUUCAUCAAAGUUUAUGAUGAGUAUUUCUGUUAUUUGAUGUGGCUCUCUGCAAUUUCUCCGGAUAUUUGAGGCAUUUCUGAACAUGGUGCCAAUGUAAACUGAGGUUUUUGGAUAUAAAUAUGAACUUUAUCGAACAAAACAUAUAUGUAUUGUGUAACAUGAAGUCCUAUGAGUGUCAUCUGAUGAAGAUCAUCAAAGGUUAGUGAUUUAAUUUUAUCUCUAUUUCUGCUUUUUGUGACUCCAGUCUUUGGCUGGAGAAAUGGCUGUGUUUUUCUGUGAUUUUGCGGUGACCUAACAUAAUCGUUUGUGGCGCUUCGCUGUAAAGCCUUUUUGAAAUCGGACACUGUGGUGGGAUUAACAACAAGAUUACCUUUAAAAUGAUAUAAAACACAUGUAUCUUUGAGUAAUUUUAAUUCUGAGAUUUCUGUUGUUUGAAUUUGGCGCCCUGCACUUUCACUGGCUGUUGUCAUAUCGAUCCCGUUAACUUUUUAGGGCUGCAAUCCCGUUAAGGUAUUAUCACGUUUGGUAAAGGUUUGAUGUUUUAUUUUUGUGUGAAACCGAGUGAUUAUGAUCAACUAUUUUACAAGUCACAUAGCUAGAAGCUUUUGGUUUGUCUGAAUAAAUUUACAUAAUUUCCUCAUGGUAGUUUUAAUAAAGAAUACAAGUAUUUGAGCUUUCUGAGUUUGUUUAUAGCAUGUUAUUGGUUUUGUGUAAAAUUCACGAGCUGGUAAAAUCGAGCUGUUCACUCUGUCUGCGCCAACGGACUUCAGUGCUGGUGCAGAGAGACAAUUUCACGGUCACACUACAGUUUUGAAGCUGAAUGUAAUGAUCAUCAGUUUUCUACAUGUGUACUAAUAUUCAGACACCUUCAGUUGCUUCUAUCUUUAUCUAUAAAUGUUACUAUGGUGUGAACGGGAAAUACAAUUGGUUUCUGAUUAAAAUAAUACAGUGAAGACAAGGUUAAAACUAAACUUGUACUAAAUGUUUUUUUGCCAUUUAUGUGAAUUUGGGAAAUCUACUUUAGUUUAAGUGCACUUACUUUGUGUAGACUAAUUUUAAAGUGUGUACUUUGUGUAAUAUGAAUUAAUGAAUGUUUUGUUGUCAAUGCUUAGCUACCUGAUCCAUUGAAAUGAGAUCAGUGCUUGACUUGGACAGGAGCUCACUGGAGCUGAGAACCGGCACUUCAAAUGUCUACUGUUUGAGCUCAUGUUCCUGUCAAGGCUUUGGGUAACUGGCGAAAAGGAGUCAAGCGCAGGAGAGUUGAGAUGCGUGGACAAGGUAUUUAAUACAUGAAAAAACACCAAAAACACCAACGGUCCGUGAAAUAUACCGGUACAAUGAAUAAACGGGAUUCAUACAAAGCUCUGCAACAAAAUACCAGCCGUCAGAUACAGUCAUCAACAUAGAACAAACACGCACACAUACAUGUGUGAAACAGAGGGUUAAAUACUGAAUCUGUAAUGGGGGAAUUGAAACCAGGUGUGAAAAAACCAAAAACAAAUGGAAAAUGAAAAGUGUAUCGGCGAUGGCUAGAAUACCGGUGACAUCGACCGCCGCACGUAAAAGGAGAAGGACCGACUUCGGCGGAAGUCAUGACAGUACCCCCCCUUGAGCCACGAGCCGUCACCUGCCUCGGGGACGACCCUGAGGACGAGGUGUAGGGCGACCCGGAUGGAGACGGUGGAACUCAUGCAGCAUCGACGGGUCCAAUACGUCCUCCACCCAGCAUCUCUCCUCUGGACCGUACUCCUCCCACUCCACGAGGUACUGAAGGCCCCUCGCUAGACACCUCAAGUCCGGUAUGGCUCGAACUGCAUACGCCGGGGCCCCCUCGAUGUCCAAAGGGGGCGGAGGAACCUCCCACACCUCAGACUCCUGGAGUGGACCAGCCACCACCGGCCUGAGGAGAGACACAUGGAACGAGGGGUUAAUAUGGUAAUCGGGGGGAAGCUGUAACCUGUAACAAACCUCGUUCAGUCUCCUCAGGACUUUGAAUGGCCCCACAAACCGCGGGCCCAGCUUCCGGCAGGGCAGGUGGAGGGGCGGCCUGCGCCAGUCUCCUGACGCCUCCCGGCCCACUGCACAUGAGCGGCGUCCCAUGUCUUCUCCGAGCGCCUAAACCAGUCGUCCACCGCAGGAGCCUCGAUCUGGCUCUGAUGCCAAGAUGCCAGAACCGGCUGGUACCCCAGUACGCACUAGAAGGGGAAGAGGUUAGUGGAUGAGUGGCGGAGCGAGUUUUGGGCCGUCUCUGCCCAAGGUAUGAACGCCGCCCACUUCCCCGGCCGGUCCUUGCAAUAGGACCGCAGAAACCUACCCACGUCCUGGUUCACUCUCUCCACCUGCCCGUUACUCUCGGGGUGAAAACCUGAGGUUAGGCUGACCGAGACCCCCAGACGUUCCAUGAACGCCCUCCAGACCCUUGAUAUGAACUGGGGACCUCGAUCAGAUACUAUGUCCUCAGGCACCCCGUGGUGCCGGAAGACGUGUGUGAACAGGGAGACCGGGCAAAGGGAGGAGACGGCAGGACUUAGAAAACCGAUCCACCAGGGCCAGGAUCGUGGUGUUCCCCUGUGAGGGAGGAAGAUCCGUUAGGAAGUCCACCGACAGGUGCGACCACGGCCGUUGUGGAAUGGGUAAGGGUUGUAACUUCCCUCUGGGCAGGUGCCUAGGAACCUUGCACUGGGCGCACACCGAGCAGGAGGAAGCAUAAACCCUCACGUCCUUAGCCAAGGUGGACCACCAGUACUUCCCACUGAGACAACGCACUGUCCGGCCGAUACCUGGAUGACCAGAGGAGGGUGACGUGUGGGCCCAAUAGAUCAAACGGUCGCGGACAGCAGACGGAAUGUACAGAUGCCCAGCUGGACACUGGGGGGAAUGGGCUCUGCACGUAACGCCCGCUCAAUGUCCAGGUCCAGCUCCCACACUACCGGUGCCACCAGGCAAGAGGCCGCGAGUAUGGGAGUGUUAUCCAUGGACCGCUCCUCCGUGUCAUACAUCCGGGACAGUGCGUCUGCCUUAACGUUCUGGGAACCUGGUCUGUAGGACAGGGUGAAAACAAAAUGGGUAAACAACAUGGCCCACCUUGCCUGGCGAGGGUUCAGUCUCCUUGCCGCCCGGAUGUACUCCAGAUUGCGGUGGUAAGUCCAGGUGAGAAAAGGGUGUUUAGCCCCCUCAAGCCAAUGUCUCCACGCCAUGUCUCCAUGUCUUGACGACAGCAAACAGCUCCCGGCCCCCCACGUCACAGUUUCUCUCCGCCGGGCUGAGCUUCUUCGAAAAGAAGGCACAGGGGCGGCGCUUUGGUGGCGUACCUGAGCGCUGAGAGAGCACGGGUCCUAACCCAGCCUCGAACCCGCGUCCACCUCCACUAUGAACGCCAAAGAGGGAUCCGGAUGAGCCAGCACGGGAGCCGAGGUAAACAGAGCCCUCAGGUGACCAAAAGCCCUGUCCGCCUCAGCCGACCACUGCAAACGCACCGGUCCCCCCUUCAGCAGUGAGGUAAGGGGCGCUGCUACCUGACCAAAGCCCCGGAUGAACCUCCGGUAGUAGUUGGCAAACCCGAGAAACCGCUGCACUUUCUUUACCGUGGUGGGAGUCGGCCAAUUACGCACAGCUGAAAUGCGGUCACUCUUCAUCUCCACCCCUGAUGUGGAAAUGCGAUACCCUAGGAAGGAGACGGCCUGCUGGAUGAACAGGCAUUUCUCAGCCUUGACGUACAGGUCAUACCCCAACAGUCGUCCAAGUAUCCUGCGCACCAAGGACACAUACUUGGCGCGUGUAGCGGAGUAUAUCAGAAUGUCAUCGAUAUACACCACUACACCCUGCCCAUGCAGGUUCCUGAAAAUCUUGUCUACAAAGGAUUGGAAGACUGAUGGAGCAUUCAUCAACCCGUAUGGCAUGACAAGGUACUGAUAAUGGCCUGAUGUGGUACUAAACGCUAUCUUCCACUCUUCUCCCUCCCGGAUACGCACCAGGUUGUAAGCACUCCUGAGAUCCAAUUUUGUGAAGAAGUGUGCCCCGUGCAUUGACUCGAUCGCUCUGGCUAUGAGAGGCAGCGGGUAACUGUACCUCAUAGUGAUUUGGUUAAUGCCUCGAUAGUCAAUACACAGGCGCAGACCUCUAUCCUUCUUCUUCACAAAAAAGAAACUCGAGGAGGCAGGUGAAGUGGAGGGACGAAUGUACCCCUGCCCCAGAGAUUCGGAAACAUAUGUUUCCAUAGCCGCCGUCUCCUCUUGCGACAGGGGAUACACGUGACUCCUGGGAAGUGCUGUGUCUACCAGGAGAUUUAUCGCACAACCCCCCCGUCGAUGGGGUGGUAAUUGAGUCGCCUUCUUCUUACAGAAGGCGAGAGCCAAAUCGGUAUAUUCAGAGGGGAUGCGCACGGUGGAGACCUGGUCUAGGCUUUCCACUGUAGUAGCACCGAUGGAAACCCCUUAACACCUCCCCGAGCACUUUCGUGACCACCCCGUGAGAGCAGUCUGUUGCCACGAAAUAGUGGGGUCAUGACAGGCCAACCAGGGUAGGCCCAGCACCACGGGAAACGCAGGAGAAUCAAUAAGGAAGAGACUGAUUCUCUCCUUGUGACCCUCCUGCUUAACCAUGCCCAGUGGAGCGGUGGCCUCCAUAGUUAGCCCUGACCCUAAUGGUCGACUAUCUAGGGCGUGCACAGGGAAGGGCAUAUCCACAGGAACAAUGGGCAUCCCUAAACUAUGGGCAAAUGAUCUGUCAAUAAAAUUCCCAGCUGCGCCUGACUCUACGAGCGCCUUAUGCUGGGAAUGCGGGGAAAACUCAAGAAAAUUAAUAAACGAAAACAUGUGAGCAAAGCAGGGCCUUUUGGUGAGCCUGGUGCCGACUCACCUGGGGUGACACAAGAGUGCCCUGUCUGCUGCCUCGACUCCCAGAGGAACCUCCCCAGCACCGACCGGCAGUGUGCCAUCUGCGGCCACAGAUGGUGCAUGGAAUGGCCCCGCCUCCGGUCGCCCUAAGUGCAGCACCUCCCAGCUCCAUGGGCGUCGGAGCGGUGGUGAUGGGGGAUGGAAUUGACCGACCACGAUCUGGAUGUCCGCGGGUAGCCAGCACGUUAUCCAGCCGGGUGGACAGGUCCACCAGCUAGUUGAAUGUGAGAGUGGUGUCCCUGCAGGCCAAGUCCCGACGGACGUCCUCGCGCAAACUGCACCGGUAGUGAUCGAUCAGGGCCCUGUCGUUCCAUCACGAACUCCUGUACUCUCUUUGUCCCCUGCCUCAGGUGUACGAGACGUUCAUGUGAAAUCCCGAAGUGGUCCAACACCGCUUCUUCUUCCCCCCAUAAGGCGUUGGCCCACUCCAGGGCCUUUCCUGAGAGGCAGGAGAAGAGGGCGGCCGCGCUCUCACGGCCUGAGGGAGCCAGGUGGACGGUGGCCAGGUAGAGCUCUAGCUGGAGCAAGAACCCCUGACAUCCCGCCGCCGUACCAUCAUACUCCCUCCGGAGGGCGAGCCGAAUCCCACUGGGACCAGGUGAAGGAGGGGUGAUUAUAGGUGAAACUGGUGGUGCUGGUGGAGACGCUGGAGGAACUCCUCCUCUCUUCCAUCGCUCCAUGGUUUGCAGCACGCGGUCCAUGGCACUGCCGAGAUGCUGGAGAAUUUUAGAGUGCUGCUGGACUCGCUCCUCGACCCCUACUGCAGGGGCACCUGCUCCUGCUGACUCCAUUCGAGGAUUAGAAUUAAGUCUGAGGCCGGUAACAUCAACAGUAACGACAAACCCAGCCUGCCUCUCUCCUUCCACACUGAGUCCAAACCCACAGUCACUGGGUCCUGAUUGUGACAGUGGGGCCCAGUUUGCACUGCAAAAUCCAGAGAUGGCAUCAUCUGUGAAGCUGGAACAUUGCAGUCAAACACUGGAGCUGAAUGUCAACAUUAAAGAUGAAGAAGAGGAGGAGAAGACAGGGAAAUAUGUUAAUCAUGGAGACCAUGUUGAGACAUUCUCUACAUCCAGAGAGCAUCAGCAGGAAGAUCACAGAGGAAAGAGGUCUUACCACUGCUCACAUUGUGAGGAGAUUUUCCCAUUUCUAUCAAAGCUAAAAAUACACCUAAAAAUACACACAGGAGAAAAGCUUUACUCCUGCUCUGAAUGUGGAAAAUGCUUCAAAACAUCAACUGCGCUAAAAGUUCAUCAUAGAACACACAGAGGAGAGAAGCAUUUCUCCCGCUCUGACUGUGGAAAGAGUUUCUCUGAACUGGGUAACUUUAAACAACAUGAACAUAUGCACACAGGAGAGAAGCCUUACUCCUGCUCUGACUGUGGAAAGAGUUUCUCUCGACCAAGCCACCUAAAACAUCAUGAACGUAUACACACAGGAGAGAAGCCUUACUCCUGCUCUAAAUGUGGAAAAUGCUUAAAAACAUCAACUGGGCUAAAAGUUCAUCAGAGAACACACACAGGAGAGAAGCCUUACUCCUGCUCUGACUGUGGGGCGAGUUUCUCUGAACUGGGCAACUUAAAACGACAUGAGCAUAUGCACACAGGAGAGAAGCCUUACUCCUGCUCUGACUGCGGGGCGAGCUUCUCUUAUCGGAACACCUUAAAACGCCAUGAACAUAUACACAGAGAGAAGCCUUACUCCUGCUCUGACUGUGGAAAGAGUUUCUCUGAACUGGGUAACUUUAAACAACAUGAACGUUUACACACAGGAGAGAAGCCUUACUCCUGCUCUGACUGUGGAAAGAGUUUCUCUCGACCAAGCCACCUAAAACAUCACGAACGUAUACACACAGGAGAGAAGCCUUACUCCUGCUCUAAAUGUGGAAAAUGCUUCAAAACAUCAACUGGGCUAAAAGGUCAUCAGAGAACACACACAGGAGAGAAGCCUUACUCCUGCUCUGACUGUGGAAAGAGUUUCUCUGAACUGGGCAACUUAAAACGGCAUGAACAUAUGCACACCGGAGAGAAGCCUUACUCCUGCUCUGACUGUGGAAGGAGUUUCUCUCACCUGGGCCACCUAAAAAUACAUGAACGUUUACACACAGGAGAGAAGCCUUACUCCUGCUCUGACUGUGGGGCUAGUUUCUCUAAACUGGGCACCUUAAAACGACAUGAACAUAUGCACACAGGAGAGAAGCCUUACUCCUGCUCUGACUGUGGGGCAAGUUUCUCUCGACUGGACACCUUAAAAAAACAUGAACGUAUACACACAGGAUAGAAACCUUACUUCUGCUCUGACUGUGGCAAGAUUUUUUCCCAAUUGGGCAAUGUAAAAACACACCAACGGAUACACACUUGAGAGAAGCCUUAUCACUGCACUGACUGUGGGAAGAGAUUCUACAGAUUGGGACAUUUAAAAAGACACCAAUGUUUACAUAAAGGAGAGAAAACUCAUCAGUUCUCUGACCAGCUAAGAUUAGACACUCCACUUAAUUCUCAUGUCAUUAAAUAAUUGGCAACGUUGAAUUGGAUCAAAUGAAGAAAGUGUAGAACACUAUUGUAAUCCUAUAGUUUCUCACUGUGCGAGAACUGUGCAGAGGAAAGGGAGCGUUAUAGAAUGUUAGCCUCUCUUUACUGAUCAGUGUGCACCUUGUCAGUUUUGGUGUGAGAGGGAAUAAAGUAGACGGUACACAUCAAACGUUUGAUUUAUGACCCUAUGUCCGGAUGACGUGUGCAUGCCUAUAUUUGGGCAUCCAAUCAGGACAUCCUGGCGGGAAGUGAUCACGUGGUUAUGCCCAUAUAUGGGCAUCUUGUUCCUGUUCUCACGCCUUAGUGAGUGCGACAAUAUUUAUAUAAUGCCUUUGAAGUUGUCAUGAUGAUUGAUGUCUAGGGACCUCUUUGAACUGGGGGAGAUGAACAUUUCGAAGAGUAUGGCCCCCCACCCCCUGUUUUAUUGACCUUAGGGUUGUUGUCUAUGAAACACGAAUGUCCUGGGGUAUUGGGGUUGGCAGACGCCUUAUACAUAAAGCCCAGAACAAGACAUGCGGCCCCAGAACACUAAACAAGAUUUUUUAAAUCAGCAUGGAUUUUGUGAUCAGUGGCAAAGCAGUGAUGACUGUAACAACGGAAGCAGGACCUCGGUUGAAACAUAGAGAAAGGGCCAAGUAUCAAGCCACAAUUUACGAUGCGGCAAAAAAGCGGUUUCUAUGUGUGUAUAGAACCCAAAUACCGCCCGCAACUGCUCUGAAAGGUCAAGUGCUGAUGUCUAAUGGACAUCAAUGGGGGUAUCGGUUUGAUUACCUGGCCUGUAGAGUGAACCUCUAUACAGUAGGAGAAGAAUAUACAGACCAGACUUUAGGAGUGGACUACAGGCUUGAAGACUGGAUGGUUUUUCGCAAGGUUGUGUGUCCCGAACUGAGCCUUAUCACCAAGGGGUAUAGCUUGUUCACGGGCUACGAGACCCGUUGGGAAGGUGCCCCUGACUCCUCAGGAAGAAUAUUUCACAGGGUGAAAAUACAAAGAAAGAAUGGACUUCCAUGUGGCUACGUGGAGUUCUAUAUCAGCAACGAGGAAACCCGCAACCAAAACAUUCGUGAUGGUGGCCUGACUGGGGAUUUUAGGUUGCGCAUGCUUAUUCCUUUUCAAAUUUGGUAUCUAAUGGAAUUGAAAAUGUUACAGCUGUUGGACGCUCUCUUUGUACAGAGCCAACAGCGCCAGAGCAUUGUUCAUGUAAAGAAGUGCAUAAUAUAUACGAAUCCUGAGGAUUAUGAUUCAAAGGAGCCCCAAGAAGGUACAUCCUCAGAAGGGACAGCCUCCGAAGAAAACUAAGUACGCGGCUGCGUUAACCACGCCCUGAUACCCAAAGGACUGGUUCAACAAUAAAAGGAGUGCCCUUAAAGCCUCCGGUUCUUCAUUUCAUCAUACACCAUGGAUAUUCAUACAACAUACCAGGACUCCGAUACGACAUGGGGGCCAGACCCUAUGGACUCUAUGCCUCGCAGCCCGACAUUCUACUCCCCCCUGGCGAGACCCACGACACCCCCUACAUUUACACAGCCUGAGGAUGUGUUUGAUGGGGUAGUCAGUACUAUUUUUGUGGACACCAUCAAGGCCUCUGUAGCCACACUUUUAGACGUGGUGAUUGGAGAAUAUAUAAGAGAAAAAUGCAUCGGUUGUGAGAUCAAUCAACCCAGCCAGCGCCGUAAUCCGUGCCUAUACGACCCGCCAAGAUACUACUUCUUCAACCAUUUUGAGGAGCUGGUGAAAACACUGUGGUCCUGCAGGUUUAUACCAUCGCUGGUCAGAGCCCUGGAGUCUAUGGGUCUUGUGCCAUCUAUCCCCAGAGUUUACGGGGUAACCGAGGCAUUCCUACAUGAACUGAAGGAGGCAAUCUACAUCCACGAGAAACUCAAAGAAAUCCGACACACCCUGGUGGACGACAAUAAAUACCGGGAAGCUGUGGUGGCUGAUGUGAUGACUUUCUGGCUCAAUAAACCCCAAGAGACCGAGUGACAUUUUGUUAUUUAGUUGUAAAGCAAUGGGUAACUAUGUGUCUAUGAUGUUAGAGAGAAUAAAUAAAAAAAAUCUUUUGAGAGAACUUACAAAUGUAAGGGAAGUCCCCCCCCCCAAUUUUACAAAAUAGCAUGGCAAGUUAUUGGCACCGAGCGGAGCAUAUACACGAUGGACAAGUACACUACUUCUGGCGUUGUUUCAUCCAAAGCUGAAGGCAAAUGCCAUGCUGCAAAUGAGCUGUGUAACACUCCAAAAUUCCUAUAGUGGGCGAAUGUGUUCUAUCUAAAUUUUUCAUAGGCUUUAUGUAACGCAAGUCAAGACCCAAGAGUAAAAUUUUGAGAUUUUGAAAGUUUUGGCAAAAACUUAUCACCCCCUUAAAAAAGUGCUUUCUGGACCGUUUUUCGAAAUUCUUUCGAGUGUUAUGUCAAUUACACAUGUGUAAGAACUAUAUGAAAAUACUUUUUUCAAAUUUUAUUAACAUAAUUUUUUUUUUUUUUUUUUUUUAACUUAAGGUAUAUGUUUUGUGCAUUUGGAAUAUGAUUUCAUAGGAAGUCAAAAGUCAAAUACAAAAAGGCACUCGCACAUCUGAGCAAUCUUAUUUGCAGGUGCAUGGCAUCAAAUGAACAAGAUGAAGGAAAAGGAAACCGCACACUGCUCUUGAUAGUAUC